AAAAAAAGAAGAAGAAAUAUCCUGCCUGGCAGACGGGUUGGCAGGCAGCCAGCCUCUAUUGAGCUCGUGACGUUCUAAGUACUGAAUAUCACAAUUCUCAAUCAAGAAAUCCCUAUUUUGAAAACCCUAAAUCUAAACACCAUUCUCUGGCCAGGGUUUGGCACAGAAAUGGAAUUCCAACAAGAGCAAGAAAAUAGCAAGAAGAAGAAGAAGACGAGAGAUUUGCCCAACUUGUCGGAAUGCCACUCUUGCGGCUUUCGAUUCGAUUCUUGCACCGGUAAGAACAGACUCCAAACCCUAUACAGUGAAUGGCGUAUUGUCCUCCUCUGUAAAAUUUGCUUUGCUCGCGUCGAGUCCUCCCAACUUUGUUCUUACUGUUUCAAAGGUUCGUCUGAUAAUUGCUUUCAUUGUUGUGAAUGUAAACGCAUUAUACACAAAUCUUGCUUCUUUGAUUAUGCCAGUGUUGCUCCUUGCUCUUUUUCUUCUUCUAAUUUUUCCGUUUGCGUCGAUUGUUGGGUCCCCAAAUCCCUUGCUGCCAAAAGGGCAUCUUUUAGGCCUAGCAAGAGGAAGAAUUCUGCGGUUUUGGGUUUUGGGGAUGGCCGGAAUAUGUUGCCUGAGGAUGGGGUUGGGGAUGCCAAUUCUGCUGUGCACAGGAAGAUUGAGGCCGCUGCUAAGGCUAGAGAGUUGGCUGUGGAGAAGGCUUUAGCUGCAAGAAGGGCGGCUGAGUUGGCUACCAGUGCUUCGGAUUCCAUGACUGCCGGAGAUGAUAAUGGCAUUCCUGCUACUGGCAUUCCUGCUACUGGCAUUGAUGAUGUAGAGUUGGCUUUGCAGUUGCAUCGAGCAAUUAAUAGCUCACCCAGGAUUUUAAGGAAUUUGUGCUCUGUCAAUUCCUGUUGCUUGGCCGUUCGUAAAUCAUUGGAUAGUUCUGGUAAAAGUGUUUCUGACCCUUCCGUUUGUGUUAGGGUUUCAGGUUAUGGUUCUUCAAUAAAUAUGGAUUAUUUGGAAUCUAAUGGAAUUGAUGAUGCUUGGAUUAGACAAAAUGCUAAAAAUUCUAAUGUUGAAGUGCGGCUCAAGGAGGGAGAAGGAAGCUGUUCGGAUAGAGUGAUGAACUCUGAGUCUCAAUCAUGUGGGAAGGGGAAUGGGCCAGUGGUGCCUGCAGAUGAAAGAUACAAUGGAAAGCCUGCUGGAUACUUGGUAAAGUACAAUAGGAGAGCUCCUGCAGAUGAAAGAUACCAUGGGGAGGCUGAUCGAUAUUUAUUCAAGUAUACUAGGAGAAAAAAUGCAGAAGAAAAACGCCAUGGAAAGCCUGAUCGAUAUUUGUUUAAGUAUACUAGGAGAAAACCUGCAGAUGAAAAACACCAUGGAGAGCCUGAUCGAUGUUUGACAAAGUGUAGUAGGAGAACACCUCCACAUGUAAAACACCAUGGAGGGCUUGAUCGAUAUUUGUUUAAGUAUACUAGGAGAACACUUGCAGAUGAAAGAUUCCAUGGAAAUUUUGACAGAUAUUUGAUAAAGUAUACUAGGAGAAAGUUAAACCAGAGAUCAAUUCCAGAUGGUAGGUCCAAUUGCUUUUGUGAAGGUUCACUCCAUGAAACUCAGGCUUUGGCAGUUGGACUAAUCCUGAGCUGUUCCAAGGAAUCAAUAAGGAUCUCUAGUGCUUCACUGCAGGCUCAUCCUUUUGUUAUGCACGCUUCUGCUUGUUCAAGUGACAUGUCUGGAGACAAAUCUUAGGGGCACUCAUCAACAGGCAUCUAAAAAAUUAGUGGUCUUAUCUAUUGGAAGUACAUAUUUGAUAAACACCAUAGCGACAGUGCCUUCUUCCAAAUUCUCUGCACUGUUAUGCAGUUUCCUGCCAUAAUAGGUACAUGUUACAAUGCAACCAUGCAAAAAAGAUUUUAACAGCUAUUUCCACUUACUUGAUUUAAAAAAUUGUACAUCUUUUUGUGUUGGGCCGUUUUGCAGUCUUGAAAGAGGAGCAAGGUUUGCUUACUGAUUUAGUCAUUGUUAAGUUUGGGUUGAAUCAUUUUUAGUUUGAAUAUUUAUUUUACAAUUUAUGGGCUAAUUUGUAAGAGGGUAAGGAUCAUGAGUUUUUAGUUUUCUGUUAAGGGUACACCAGGGAAAGCACUGUUAUUCCAAUAUUGAUUUUCAUGAAUUCAACCAUGCAUUCAAUUUG